UUGGUUGUAUGUAGACUACAAUUUUGUAAAAGAGUAAUAAAAGUCAAAAAGUUAUCUUGUUUUUUGUAAUCACGUUGAUGCCCUAGGGUUAUUCAGGUUCAAUAUUCCGACAGUGCGGCCACGUUAGUGUGAUAGAAUACUGAAAACAGUGACAAUGACGGAGAACGGUGAUUUAUUUACGACUCGCAUGCGAAAAGCGACAAGAAAAAUACAUAACAUCAGUGAUGCUCUCGUCAAUGCAAAAUUCGCUCUCUCAUUACGUGAUGAGGAAGUUUGGGGCGGAGGGCUGUUCAUAUUCUACCACAUCUUUGGUUUCCUAGAAGAUGCUAAGGAGAGGCUGCGUAUGCCUGAUUUUGACAAACUCUUUGUCAAUAAAGCUCUCUACAGGAAGAAGGCAUUUGAAGAUGACUUAACACACUACUUGGGUGAGAACUGGCGUUCAAUACCCAAAGCCAUGGCUCUAGAGAACUACAUUGAGCACCUGCAAGAGUUGGAGCGGUCCAGCCCCCAAUUACUUAUGGCUUAUGUAUACCAUUUGUAUCUGGGACUGCUGAGCGGUGGUCAAAUCCUGGCUAAGAAACGCAGGGUGUUUGGCGAUGAAAACUCCAAAACGGUAACAUACACAGACAAAGUGACAGAUUUCACUGGAACUGACAUCUCGCAGCUUAAGAAAGAUUUCAGACAAGCCAUGAAUGAGAUAGCCGAUAAAAUGACUGAGGAAGAAAAAGAAGCAUUUAUAGAGGAAAGCAACCAAGUGUUUGUAAUGAAUAACUUGAUUGUCAACUCUGUGGGAGGGCAAAAUAAGGUUUUAUAUAACUUGUUAUAUAAAUUCUCAGCUGUAGUUCUAGUUGUGGCCAGUGUUAUUGCAGCGUAUAGAAUUUGUAAGUGAGGCCAAAGAUGUAUGUAUCUGCAAAAUGUAAGACAAUUAUGAAUAAUAUUUAUCUAUUUACUUGUACUUCCAAUUUUAUCUUGUGAGUUAUACUUGAUAAUGCCCUUACUGAUUUAAGAAUAAAAGUAGGGGAUUAUAAGACGCUCAAAUACGUAUUAAUAUAACUAUUAAUAUAAAGCAUAUCCUACAUGUUGUAGUUAAAAGUUUUUAAAAUAUUCAAUAACCUGUCAGUCACAUAAGAUAUAACUAUGAAUAUAGGAUUGUAUCUUUCUUAGAAAAUUGUGUAGUUACAUUAUAAUAUUAAUAUUAUUUGUUUCCAAGAUUUUAAGACUUAUUUAGUUAGUAAUAAAAUCUUUGUUAUAUA